AUGGCGACCCCCUCCAAGGACCUCACCUCGCAGAUCCUUGCUGCCCUCUCCGACAAGGACUCCCUUUCGUCAAAGGAUGCCUUUCCCAACGUCGAGUUCGCCGAGCUCAAGGCAGCCCUCGACCGACUCGGCUCGCGCUCCAUGGUCACAUACAAGCAGCUUGAUCAGGAAGAAGCCGUGCUCCAGCCCGAAGGAAAGCUAGUUGCCGAGAAUGGCAGCCACGAAGCCCGCGUUUUCGAGGCUCUUCGCCAGGCCGUCGAGGGUCUUUCCGUGCAGGACCUGGAGAAGGCCAUUGGUGACAAGACUGUCACAAAGGUCGGCCAGGGCAAUGCCUUCAAGGCCAAGUGGAUUGCUAAGAACAAGGAUGGCAAGCUUGUUGCCUCUGUUGACUCGAUCCAAGAUGUGACCCGGGAGCAGCUACAGACUGUACAGAACACUCGCACGCAUCCCGAUGCGUCCGUCAUCGCCGCUCUGAAGAAGCGAAAUCUCAUCAAACUGCAGAAAAUCAUCAGCUUCGAGGUCCAGAAAGGACCCAAGUUUGCACUCGAGCUUGUCAAGGAGGAGACUGAUCUGACAGCCGACAUGAUCGAGUCCGGUGCCUGGAAGACAGCCACCUUCAAGCCCUACAACUUCAACGCUCUGGGCGCGGACCAACAUGCCGGUGCACUCCACCCUCUGAUGAAGGUUCGCCACGAAUUCCGCAACAUCUUCUUUGAGAUGGGCUUCGAGGAGAUGCCUACAAACAACUUUGUCGAGUCUGGAUUUUGGAAUUUCGACGCCCUCUAUGUGCCUCAGCAGCAUCCUGCUCGCGACUUGCAAGAUACCUUCUACAUUUCAGAUCCCAAGACGGCAGACAAGCCACACGCCGUGGACGAGAACGACAAGAAGGACUACGAUACUUACUGGGACAACGUCAAGGCUGUACACGAGGACGGAAAGUUUGGAUCCAUUGGCUACAGGUAUCCAUGGGCUGCGGACGAGUCCUUAAGGCUUGUGCUGCGCACACACACGACCGCGAUCUCUACUGCCAUGCUUCACAAGUUGGCGUCGCAAAGAGGCCCCGACGGUCGCCCCCCGCCUGCGCGCUACUUCUCGAUCGACCGAGUGUUCCGGAAUGAGACUGUCGAUGCCACACAUCUGGCCGAGUUCCACCAGGUGGAAGGUGUCAUUGCCGACUACGACCUGACGCUUGGAGGUCUGAUGGAAUUCAUGAAAAUCUUCUUCACAAAGAUGGGUAUCGAGGACCUGCGCUUCAAGCCUGCCUACAACCCUUACACUGAGCCGAGUAUGGAGAUUUUCAGCUACCACAAGGGCCUUGGCAAGCUGGUUGAGAUUGGCAACAGUGGCAUGUUCCGACCAGAAAUGCUCGAGUCUAUGGGCCUGCCACCAGACAUGAAGGUGUACGGUUGGGGUCUGAGUCUGGAGCGGCCGACGAUGAUCAAGUACAAGAUUUCCAACAUCAGAGAGCUCUUGGGUCACAAGGUCGACCUUAACUUCAUUGAGAGGAACGCUGCUGUGCGACUAGACAAGAACUAG